GAUGUAAAGGCAGUUUUAGCCUCUUCCCUUUUCACCUUUCCUUACUCGGCGCAGCGCGUUGCCAGAGCCUGUACGUUUCCUCUCUGUAUUCAGUUUGCGACACUGAGUCAAAUGGACUUCACGAUUCGCGCCGCUACGCUUGAGGACUGCAAGGAUGUCGCGCGCAUGAUCAUGGAACUGGCAGAGUAUGAGAAAGUUGCAGACCACGUGAAGAUCACACAAAAAGAUCUAGAGCAGGAUGGCUUUUCUAAAAACCCAUUUUUCCAUGGAAUAAUCGCAGAAGUUCCUGAACAGCACAGGUCCAAAGAUGGUCAUACUAAAGUAGGUUAUUCCCUGUACUUCUACUCAUACAGUUCAUGGAAAGGCCGGGCUGUGUACAUGGAGGACUUGUAUGUGAUGCCAGAGUUCAGAGGAAAAGGCAUUGGCAAGGCACUGAUGAGAAAAGUUGCGCAGCUGGGACUGGCUGCUGGUUGCACUCAGCUGAAUUUUACUGUGUUGGACUGGAACAAGCCAUCUCUCGACUUCUAUUUUGGUCAAGGCUGCCGGGACGUGACCUCUGACCUUGGCUACCACUGCUUGCGCUGUGAGGGGGAUGCCCUUGAAAACCUGGCUCAGAGAGACCCCUAAAUUUCAGGGUAAAACUGUUCCUCAACAUCCCUAACCAGAAUAAAUAAGCUGCAGGUUAUUGGUCCAACACAGGGAAGGAGCAAAUGUAACCACUCAAGAAGGGAAAAAUGUUUAAUAAUAAUUUUGUGAAAGAUGACUUUUCUCUCUGUUCUGUGUUUAGAUUUUUCCCAGGGCACACUCUAGUGUUUUAUUAAUGAAGUAAAUCAAGUGUGUUGAUGACAACCAAAGACACAAGACAGUUUUAUGUAAACUGUGGUGCGGUUUACAUGUUAUUGUCAAACACAGUGCUGAAAGUGUGUAAUUGGACUGCCUCCUUGUGGCUAUGGUCAGCAUUUUUAGAUGUUUACAGAGUAGAUGGUAGCAAUUACAUUUUAUGUUUGCAUUGUUGGUAGGUCAAAAUCCAUGUCCGUCGUGUCACGUUUUGGAUGUUUGUUCGGUGGUCCAAGCUAGCUUAACACAUACAGUUUUUGAUUUUUAGUAACUUGAAAUUUUGAACAUCUCAGUAUGUCAAACAUGUUUAAUGAUUUUCUCUCAAGAACCAAUAACAAUGUAAAAACAUUAAUGCAAUGAGUGCAAUAAGCUCAUUGCAUCUUACAUUUUUUAAAUAAUUAUUAUUACAUUACAAUCACCUAUUUAGACAAUUAGCAGCUUCAGUAAGCAACAGGUAUUCAUCCAGUAUGUACAAUACUGUGCAAAUGUCAGACACUCUUCAUGUAUUUAAUUUCCAGUCAGAACAGCCAUUAAGUAGACGUUAUUCAUUUAGUAGGGACAAAAGCACAAGGCAUAUAUUUAACAGCACAUUACACGAUCAUAUAAUUCAGUAUUUGGUAUUUCCACACUUUGCUUUUAUUACAGCUUCCAUUCUUCACACUUUCAGUAAUCGGCAGGGUCUGGACUCUGGGGUGGACAGUCCAUGGUUCUGAGAACACAAUUAGCUUAUUUGAUUUGCAAUUUGUCUUCUUUUUUGUCUGCCUCUUGUUCUCAGUAAGAUCUUCUUGACAGCUACACAUCCUUUCAGACUCAUAGUGUUGAGUUGUCUUCUCACAGUGGAAAGGUGGAUAGAAACACCUGUGGAUUUUUCUCAAAGA